AGAAAGAGUAACACUCCUGAUGCACACGGAAAAUGUAUUAUGCGCCUAAUCUUCUACCAUGUCUUUGUGAAUUUACCAGUUAUGACUGCUUCCUAUCCUGCCUUCAGAUACAUGGGCCUGAGAAGCAGUCUUCCAUUACCGCACUGGAGUGUUGUUCUAUCUCAAAUGCUUUUCUACUUUAUCCUGGAGGACUUUGUGUUCUAUUGGGGGCAUAGAGCACUGCAUACAAAAUGGCUGUACAAGCAUGUCCACAGCAUUCAUCAUGAACAUGCUACACCAUUCGGAUUGACUUCUGAAUAUGCACAUCCUGCUGAAAUAUUGUUUCUUGGAUUUGCAACCAUUAUCGGUCCUGCUCUCACUGGCCCUCAUCUAAUCACUCUGUGGUUAUGGGUGAUAUUGAGGGUCUUGGAGACAGUUGAGGUUCAUAGUGGUUACCACUUCCCAUGGAGCCCUGCAAAUUUCUUGCCAUUGUAUGGAGGUGCGGAAUUUCAUGACUAUCAUCACCGUGUGCUCUACACCAAGUCUGGAAAUUACUCAUCAACUUUCAUCUAUAUGGACUGGUUGUUCGGAACUGAUAAAGGUUAUCGGAAGCUAAAAGCGCUUGAGGAGCUAGAAGGAAAACAAAGUUAAUUGGUGAGGCUUUCUCAAAAAUACUUAGUGAGGUAUAUUUUUUCUAACAUCAUGAACUGUUCUGAAAGAAUCUUCAAAGUUUGAUGUGGUCUGAUGGUGCAAUUGCGAACAAAAUGGUGUAAUAAAAGGGGCGAGCUAUUUGGUGAGCUCUCUUGUGCCCGUUCCACCGUA